AUGGUGAAUGGGUGCAGAAAAGUGGACGGCGGUGGUGGCCUUGUUGAGCAAGAUGAGGAGGCCGUCAGUGAAGCCGAUGGUCUAAUGGUUCUAGAGCUCGGGCAGGCGGACACGGAGGCGAUGGCCGGUGGACGUGUGCACAAAGGCAAGAGGAGGAACAUCAACCGGCAUCGUGAAGCCAGCGCAAUGCUGCUUGACGCCGACUACUUCAACGACGACACGACUCAUUCGCCGAAGGAAUUUUGGCCCCGGUUUAGGAUGAACAAGGAGCUGUUCUUGACGAUUGUCCACGGCGUUAGGGAGUACGACAAGUACUUCAUGGCCAAGAAAGAUUGCACAGGUUUGUGGGGCUUCACCUCAAUUCAGAAGUGCACUGCUGCAAUGCGUUGUCUUGCAUACGGAGCUCCUCCAGAUACAACCAAUGACUACCUACAGAUGGUAGAUUCGACAUGUACAGAGAAUCUCUGCAGGUUCUGCCGAGCCGUCAUAGCGGUGUUUGCUAAAGACUAUUAG